AUGGUGCGGUGGCUGUACCUGUCCGGGCUGGUGCUCGCCCUGCUCCUCCUGGCCGGAGGGCAGGUGACUCCCAAGGACCUGGAGGAGCCGUCCAGCAGAUGGAAGCUGUUGGGACCCCAGAGCUCCCAGAGCUUCCUGUCGCCCCUCAAGCGACACUCGGAGGGGACCUUCACCAGCGACUUCACGCGGUACCUGGACAGGAUGAAGGCCAAGGACUUCGUGCAUUGGCUCAUCAACACAAAGAGGUGA